GGAAACGUUCACCAUUCCCAUCAGAGGUUCCCAAGAAGUCUGGAGGCAAACGCUAAAAUCUCACUUGUCAUCCAUAACACGUGUACAGUUUCUUCUUUUUCGAUUUUGACCCACAAAGUUGGAAUACACCGUCUGUGUUGAGCAUCGCUGAAUAUAAGCCAUCUGGCAUCUUGUCUUUCCGGCAUCUUGUUUAUUUUAGCUUAGCAUGGCGAGUCGUGUGGAGUAAAAUUGCGUGUUUAAAACAUCUGCACCCACACUAGACAGAGAUGGAGUCGCUGAACUUUGAGUCAGAAAUGGAGGCGGAUGGGCAAGGCAAUUAUUCUUUGUUUCCAGCUCUGGAUAAUAUGACGAGCCUGUCUGGAACGACUGAGAGUCUAGAUGCUGAAACCUCCAGUGAAGUUACAGACAAACCCAACCUCACCUGGCUUGAUGCUGCUCAGAUUGUUCUGGAAGAGGCUGGACGCCCCAUGCACAUCAAGGAGAUCAAACAGCGGAUCAUUGAUCGAGGACUGGUGCAGUCAAAUGCAAAAUCAAGCCUUGAGGCGGUCAUGUAUCGAGAGACACAGAAAGGGAGUCGACGCUUCAAGAGGAUUGAGAGCAGAAAUGGAGUUUUUGCCCUGUUGACCGAUGAAGAAAGACAGCAGGCAUUGCAGUCAUUCUCUGCCCAGUCGACCUUCUCAAGUUCAGGCUCUGGCUCAUCCCUGGGUCCCGUACCAUCCCCAACGAGUCACCCUGAGCCAAGACCCAAGGUCAGAAAAGCUCCUCGCAAGAACCAAAAUGAGAAGUACAGACUGAAAAACAACCGUCUGCGCCAGGCUGCCCGUGCCAUGAUUUUUGAGAAUGCGGCACUAUAUGAUGAAAUUGCUCACCUAGAAGAGAAGUUUGUCCGAGCAAAAGAGGAAAGGAGGUUCCUUCUAAAAUCUUUGUUACAAUAUCAGUCACUGGGUGAAGGUGAGUCAGUCCCGACACCCAGCUGCAGUACACAUGCAACAGUAACUUUAAGUUCCAGCACACCAGGGGGCGCUGUUCUCUCAGGGAGUCACAGCCAGGCAUCUGGGCUUUCGGGACCUGAAGAUCUUUUAAAGAAACCCAAAAAAGAACGAAAAGAGAGAGGAAGGGAAGAACUUAUGAAGAAGAUUUGUAAGAAGAGAAAGGUCGUUGAGGGAGGAGUUCGCAAACUUGUUCAGCCCAUCUUGCUGGACUCCUCCGGCAGGCCUGUCUUUCCCAUUGUGCUCGGUGGACUCACAGUUUACAGCCUAGGGGAGAUCAUCACAGACAGGGCUCUGUUUCACGAUGAGACUGCUAUCUAUCCUGUGGGCUUCUGUAGCACCAGAGUUUUCGCAAGCUUGAAGAACCCUGAUCAGAAGUGCCUCUACACCUGCCAAAUCAAAGAUGGCAGCCAAGGACCACAGUUUGAGAUUGCUCCAGAGGAUGACCCACAGAAUGCAAUAGUGGCGUCAUCAGCCCAAACCUGCCACGCAAACCUGCUGAAAGCUAUUGUUUCUCGAAGAGGCAAACCCUUAACCAACAUUGUUCCAUCUGGAGCAGACUUUUUUGGUUUCUCUCACCCCACCAUUCAGAACCUGAUCCAGAGCUGUCCUGGAGCACGCAAGUGCAGCAAUUAUCAGUGGGUGCGUUUUGAGGUAUGUCGGCCCGGUGAUGGACAGGUAGCACACGGCCUGUCUGAAGAUGAUGCAUCUGUGAACUUUGAGUCCUUCCAGCGAUUGCAAAGCUGUGAAGAGAUCCUGACCAAUCAGAACCUCACAUCAGAACAGAGCGGAACAGGCCGAACUCAACAGCCUAAUGUGUCAUCUCACCUGCUGAGCUCGACAAUCCUACAGACCAGUGCUGUAACAUCUCUCUCCAACACCUGAACACAACCAAACACAUUAGGAUUAGCCUUUCAUAUUCAUUUGUAAUGUGGAACUUUGCAUUAUGCCAAAUGAGAACUUAACUAUUUGGAUGAUUUUCUGCAUGUGUAGAGCGCAGUCUGAUUACUUUGUGAAUUAAAUGAAAUGACACGCGUUAAAAAAAAAAGAGGAGCUUCAAAAGGUUCUUUGAUGUCAUGGAAGAACAUUUUGGUUCCAUAUAAAACCUUCAACAUCUGAAGAACCUUUCUGUUUCAAAAAAGGUUCUUUGUGGCCAUAAAAUGUUCUUCAGAUUAUAAAAAAGUAAGAAAGAGAUGGUUCCUUGACUGAAUGGUUCUUUGCGGAACUAAAAAUGGUUCUUCUAUAUCAUGGCUGCGAAGAACCUUUAUUUUUAAGAGUGAAGGUCUCGUUCUCUCUUUUGAUUUGUACUGUAUUUUUUAAGUGUGAUAUGUCUGCAAAUCACUGUAAAAGACUUUUGAUAAAAGUUAAAUAAAUGAUGAGU